CCUUCCAUCUUUACAAUAUAGCCCUCCUCACGUAUGUCAUUGGUGGCGUCGCCUGGUCUUUCAACAUUAUCUCCUGCGACCAUACUUCGACGUGCACAUUCAACCACUGAUGAAGUAUUCGACGAGAUACGCAGACGAGCUUUGGGAGAAGCUGAGGCUGAACUUCGCCCGCUUGCCGUACUCGGAGAUGCACGUUCGCAUCACGAACCACCAUGGUCGUUCUUGCCCCAAUCUCGAUCACCAAACAUGGGGCGCACUACUGGACAUAGCUUCUGCGCACCUGCCACGGCUCAUACACGCGAAAAUCACCCUGGGCUCAGCGCACGGCGACUGGGGUCGGGAGGUUGAGCUUGCACCCAAUGUGUACGGCCGGCCAUCCUUCUUCAUAAACGCGCCUUGCCUCAAAAGCAUCACUCUAGACCGGAAGGGCCGUCCUGAUCUCGCCGGGGGCAGGCUACCGUUCGCGCUGCCGUGGCUGCAACUGCAGUUCGUCAAGCUCUUCCAAUUUCCCCUCCAGCCAUGCCUGGAGAUCCUUUCCGAGUGCCAGUCGCUGCGCUCGCUCUACUGGUGGGACGAUGAGGACGACGAGGAAGAUGUGGCCAGUCGCGCGGACGACUACGUGCCUCCCCACCGGGUCGUCAACUCUUCCUUGACGGAGCUGUUACUGGUGGUCUUCGGGUUCGGGACAUCUAAUGUGCGGCGCCUGCUGGACUGGUCGACGACACCCUGCCUGACGAAACUCGAGAUCUGGGCCAUUCCGUUGCCGUCGCUUUCGCCCUUCUUAGAGCGCUCCCAAUGUCGCCUCACCUCCCUAUCCCUGACCGUGUCCGUGUUCUGGGUAUCCGCAUCAGAGAUCCGUACCCUGCUCGGUGCAUUACAGGAUCUGGAGGCUCUCACCUUCGACUACUGCACCGAGACCGACGAGAGCUGGGAGCCUCACACAGAAGGCGAGACAAUGAAUGGUAUUCUCGAAAUCCUGGGCGCUGUACUCUUCGACUUCGGUCCCGCCGAAUCAUACAUGGAACGCAUGCCCUUGUCCCGCCUUGCCGUGUUCCAUUUCCUCUGCAAAGAGCGGUGCAAUAUCCGAUGCGUCCACGACUUCCUGUAUCGCUGCGGUGUGAUACAGUUGCAGCGCACGAAAGAGCUCUGGGUGGAGACACCACUGAAGCCGGCGGAUGUAGCAGAUCUUCGCGACUCUGCCGACAGAAACCGCGUCGAGAUCUACGGACUGGACAAGUGCACCGCAAUGUACGAGGCGCUGCCGGCCUGGGACUGGCAGCCACCGGUCGUUCCGUCUUCUCGGUAUGUCAUUCUCUUUUUCGAUGAGAAGCGCAAUCCUGAUUGACAUUUGCGUGCAGGAGGGACGACGACGACGAUCCUGACGA